CUCCUCUUUUUGGCCCUCCUCUUCUGUCUUUCAUUCGCCUGCCUCGAUUCAGCUCUCAACAACACCCGGCAAAAGUACGUCUACACAAUUUCAACCCGGACAUGUGAAGAGAAAAGUUUAUAAUUCGAGCUACCAACACUGAACGAGGCGGGGAAAUCACCAAAAAGUAGAAGAAUUUGAACGUCAGCUUAAACGCCAGACUUCCCUUGGCGUUUUUUUCUUAUUAUUACGGGAUUUAAGAAAACUAUGCUGACAGACUGGAUUAUGGAUUAUGAAGAACGAUCAAAAUUGUACAGCUUGCCUUGAAUAACUAAGAGAUUACACCCCUUUUCAUGCACCUUCGCUAAAUCCAUCUCAUCUCAUCUACUCACGCGCUCACAUCCUUGUUUCGCACUACUGCUGAAAAUGUUGUCCAGGCUGAGCGAGUGGUUCUGGAACGAAAGGCUGUGGUUUCCAGAAGGCCAUGGCUGGGCCAACCUGGAGGAUCGUGAUGGUGUCAUCUACUCCAAAACAUCUGACCUCUGGGUGACACUGCCCAUCGCCCUCAUCUUCCUUAUCAUCCGACAGGUCUUUGAAAGGACUGUGGCCGUUCGUCUGGCUGCAGCUUUGGGCGUAAAGGAGAAAGUCAGAGUGACAGUGGCGCACAACUCUGUGCUGGAAUCGUACUUCAGAACCACAAGUAAAAAUCCCAAACAGGGCGAAGUCGAGAGUUUAGGUAAAAAAACUGGGUUCUCAGAGAGACAGAUCCACAGAUGGUUCCGGCGACGAAGGAAUCAAGAGAGACCCAACCAGAUGAAGAAGUUUAAAGAAGCCAGUUGGAGAUUUACCUUUUACCUUCUUGCUUUCAUUGCUGGCCUUGCUGCACUUAUUGAUAAACCUUGGUUCUACACAAUGGAGGAGAUGUGGGCGGGGUUUCCAAUGCUACCGCUGCUGCCUUCUCAGUACUGGUACUACAUGAUCGAACUAGGGUUUUACAUGUCACUCCUCUUCAGCGUUGCUUCAGACGUCAAGCGAAAAGACUUUAAAGAACAAAUAGUGCACCAUGUUGCCACCAUCCUGCUGAUUAGUUUCUCCUGGUGUGUGAACUACAUCAGAGCUGGAACCCUCAUUAUGCUGGUGCACGACGCCUCCGACUAUCUGCUGGAGUCUGCCAAGAUGUUUAACUACGCUGGCUGGAGAAAAGCGUGCAACUAUAUAUUCAUCGUAUUUGCUGUCGUCUUCAUGAUCACCAGACUCUACAUCUUACCAUUUUGGAUCAUACGUUGUACCUGGGUGUAUCCGUUGACCAUUUAUCCUCCGUUCUUUGGGUUUUACUUCUUUAACGGGCUGCUGUUUGUGCUGCAGUGUCUGCACAUCUUCUGGGCCAUACUCAUCCUGCGUAUGGCUAUCAAAUUCUUGCCAGGCAAUAAUAUCGUGGAGGACGAGAGGAGUGACAGAGAAGAAACCGAGUCUGAGGAGGACGAGACGCCAAUGAAAAAUGGACCAGUCCAGAAUGGCCACUCUCCCCUAAACAACAACCAUCACCGCAAGAAUGAGUGAUGCUAGCAGAGACGAGAGAGGAGGUACAACACUCCGCUUUAUGUUCACACGGACGAGACCAACAAACUAAUGUCAGGGGUGUUUGAGAGAUUGAAAAAGGCCCAGAGCAAACACACGCAUUACAUGUAGAUAUAUGUGAUACUCAUUUUUGGAAACAUACUUCAAAAAAGAGGAACAAAAUAACCUCUUAUCCCUUGCAAACUAUUUAAAACACUAUUAAUAGGCACUGUAUCAUUAAAUAACUUUUUUUGUUUUAUUCAGGGUCUGUUUAUAGAUUGUCUGUUGUUAGUGAGUCCAACAUUCACUUGUUCUACUGGAAAUAUUCCCUCCAGUUUAGUAUGUGUUUAGUACCUUUAUUAGGACAAAGUUGUACUUCUGUUCACUGCUGUUCAUAUGUUUCAUUUCCUUUUUUGUCUUUUUGGGCAUCACUCACACUAUCUCCCUCACUUAAGUUGUCAGUACUUUUUUUUUUCUUUUUUUUUCUGGUCAACUGUCAGAUUUCCCAGUAUUUGUGUUCUGAAGUUGCCAGAAACUGACUGGAAAUAUUUUUCUUUUUUCGUGUCCCAUUUGUUCACUUGACAAUAACGGUCUCACCAAGUGACUUCACACGCCUGCUUUCCUUAUUAAACAAACGUGACCUUAAUCGCAGGUGUGUGUGUGUACCGAGGGUCUUCCUCACUGAUCUUUCUCCAGUUGCACUAAUAAACAUUAUUGACCCAGUAACCUUAUAGAGACACAAAAACUCUAUUGCCAUGAUAGACCGUCCCAAAGUCGCUGAAUCAGUAUGCUGCUUUUUUGCGUUUAACAUUUGUCCAGUCACUGUUGUGUUUGUAAUGAAGCAACAAAUGUGUCUCAUAUCUAAUAUUUGUGUUUUGGUCAGUGUGUGUCCUGUAACACAUUUCUGUUAAAGACUCAUUCUUAGUUAUAUCAGUUACACACACAAGUUAUUUUAACUUUUUUGUUGGUUUUUUUAUUUAAGAUUUUUUUUUAUGUAAGGUCCAGAUUUUUUAGCAAGCCUAAUAAGCUGAUAAUUUAUGCAGUAGAUGGAAAAUUGCUUUGUAAAAAAACAAACAAAAAAACAAAGUACUUGGCAGCAAAACCUGUAGAUGAUGUUUCUUCCAUUUAAUAUGAUAAAUAAUUUUGAUAAUGAUCAGUAUUGACUGUUGGAUGCACUUUGUAACUCUCCAUCUAAUGUAAAAUGCAUUAUGAUUGUGUUGUCAACAAACGUUUUGACACAACUGAACCUCUGGCUUGCAUUUGUGGUAUUUAUGGGAAAUUAAUUCCAUAAUUUUCCAAAAAAAAAGAAAGAAUUUCAAUAAUGGAAUUAACCCCAUAUGUCUGCCAGUAUGUACUGUUUGCCCAGUUUCUGCUGCUUUACAUGAGGUCAUGUGAAAAUUUAAAGGGAUGGUAUACCCAAAAAUUUAAAUUCAUCCUCAUGUCAUUCCAAAUCUGUAUUACUUUCUGUCUUCUGCGUAACACAAUAGAUAUUUUGAAGAAUGUUAGGAAACACCAUUGAUUUGAACCGUGUGGUACCGUUCCACAGAAGAAAGAAAGAAAGUCGUACAUGUUUGGAACGACAUGAGGGUGAAUAAAUGAUGACAGAAUGUUUAUUUUUAGGUGAACUGUCCCUUUAAGUGUCAUAGUCAACUGUAAGGUCAGAUAUAACAUUAUCUUUCCAGAUAAUCUCAUAUUGUUAUAAUUUAAGCAACAGUUUUACAAAUUGUGGUCCAGUAUUUUUUAUUUUUUUUUGACAAAUGAAUAUAUGAAAGUCAGUGUCAAUACAGGUGCACUUUCAAUACAAGUGGAGCGGGACAUCUGUAUAGGCUUUAAAAAGUUAUUUUAAGUUUCCAAAUGUUUUCACAAGUGCCUUAUUUGCAAAUGUAUAUUUGUGUUUCCACUUGUGCUUGUUAUCCUUGUUUUCCUCACUUCAUCAUCUUUAGAUUUUAAGCUUUACCAUCCUCUUCUCUCUCACUCCUCCUCUGUUUACAUCCGUUCAAGUUCAUCUCUCCUUGCGGCCUAGUGCCAAGACCAAUCCCCCACCAUGUCCUGUCAUCUGUUGGUCUGCCGCACAAACAAAACUAUUUGAUCAGUGUCCCAACUGCCUUUGUUUUAUGUUGUAUUUUGUAUCGUCAUUAUUCAAUGAUGAAAGAUAAAGAUUUUUGUGGAUGACA